UUGUCCGCCUUGUUAGACUAGACGUCUAUACUGUAUUUGUCAGCCCCCAUGUAUUGUAUUUGUCAGCCAACGUGGAGCACGACGUGCAGCCGUUAGCCUAGAGUAGUGCUGUACGAUCGGUGGUAGUGGCAGACGAUCAGCUCGGCCGAGCCCAGCAACCUGUAUAUUAUCCUCUGCCUUGAGCUUAAUAGGUGUGUGUUGAAUCCAGUUCUUCCUCUCUGCUCCAUCUCUCUACUCCAACACGCCUUAUUACUCGAAUCGACGGUGGUCUCCGAUUUCAACGAGAGGAGGACGAAGACGACACGCAUCCCUGUGCAAUUGGAUCAGAUUAUUCCCCUGUCCUGUUCCUAUCUUCUUGCGUAUCCUUUUCAGGACUUCGGGUUUGCAGGAUACAGAGUACUCUGUGCGUAUCCUCGCGAAAUCCAUCGAUAUGGGCGCUGCUGGUGAAAUUCAUCUACAGAUCGCAGGCACACGAGGCGAACAAGGAGCUGAAGGCGUAGCUGACAAUGGCACGUCUCCGGCGACCGCGGCGCCAGCGCCACCGUCGAUGUCGGAGCGCGUACAAUGGUGGGCGGUGGUGCUCGUCAACAUCGUGCUCGUGCUCGCCGGGCAGAGCGUGGCGAACCUCCUCGGCAGGAUCUACUACGACCAGGGCGGCGGCAGCUUGUGGAUCGCCACCGUGGUUCAGUCCUGCGGCACGCCGCUCGCUAUCCCGCUGCUCCUCUACUUCCGGCGCCGCCCAAAGGCCGCCACGACCGCGGUGACGCGGCCGCCGCUCAUCAAGAUCUCGGCCAUCUACGCCGGCCUGGGGGUCCUCCUCGCCGGCGACAACCUGAUGUACUCCUACGCGCUGCUCUACCUGCCGCUGUCGACCUACUCGCUCAUCUGCGCGACGCAGCUCUCCUUCAACGCCGUCUUCUCCUACUUCCUCAACAAGCAGAAGUUCACCGCGCUCAUCCUCAACUCCGUCGUGCUUCUCACCUUCUCCGCGGCGCUCGUCGGCGUGAGCCACGGCUCGGACGGGACCAACAGCAGCGUCCCGGCGGGGAAGUUCCCGCUGGGGUUCGCGCUAACUCUGUCGGCGUCGGCGCUCUUCUCCCUGAUCCUGUCCCUGAACCAGCUGACCUUCGACAAGGUGCUCAGGAGCGACACCUUGUACGACGUGAUGGAGAUGCAGUUCUGGAGCAACACCGCCGCGGCCGUGGUGUCGGUGGCCGGGCUGUUCAUCUCCGGGGAGUGGAGCGCCCUGCACGGCGAGAUGGACGGGUACAGGAAGGGCAGGCUAGCCUACGGGAUGACGCUCGCCUGGACGGCCAUUUCGUGGCAGCUGACCACCAUGGGACUGAUGGGGCUCGUCGCGGCGGUGUCGUCGCUCUUCACCAACGUGAUCAGCACCGUGGGGCUGCCGCUGUCGCCCAUCAUCGCCGUCAUCUUCCUCGGCGACCGGAUGGACGGGGUGAAGGUGCUGGCCAUGCUCGUUGCGGUCUGGGGCUUCUUGUCCUACAUCUACCAACACUACCUUGACGAUGCCAAGGUGAAGAAGAACCUAGCUGAGAGAUCAGCCGACGAUGACGAACACCAGACUGUAAAACUCGCUACAGAGUGAAUGGAAUUCGCCGGAAUUCGAAUUGA